UGAAAAUCUCUUUUUUACCAGAUUGACUGAGAAGUGGUGCCAUGGGUUAUGAAAAUAAUUCAACUUUAGGCUGAUACCUGAAUAAAGUCAGUCAUCAAGUGUUAUUUGGAUUAACGCAGUGUCUCGUCGGCAUAUCUUGAAGGCGAGAUCUCUAUUUUAUCGAAACUGGUCAACAUGGCUAGUACGGCUCGCAAUCAGCGCAGUGGGCCCAGGUCACAGGCUAACCCACAUGGUUUGCGUCAUAUAGAACUGGAUCAGAUCUGGGAUGACCUCAAGGCUGGUGUGCGCAGUGUCUACAGGCGACAGAGCAUGUCUCGACAGCGGUACAUGGAGUUGUAUACUCAUGUAUACAACUAUUGCACCAGUGUCCACAGUAUCGGUAAUCAAAAUCAAGCUGGCAGCACAGCAGCAUCGUCGUCCUCCCAGAGAAAUUCCUCGUCUCGGAAUAGAAAUCGGCCUCAGGGUGGCGGGGCUCAGUUUGUUGGUCAUGAUCUCUACAAGAGGAUCAAAGAUUUGCUCAGGCAGUACCUGGUCAAUUUGCUGAAGGAAGGGCAAGACUUGUUAGAUGAACAAGUUCUCCAGUUCUACACCCGACAGUGGGAGGACUAUCAGUUCUCCAGCAAAGUAUUAGAUGGAAUCUGUGCAUACCUCAAUCGUCACUGGGUGCGAAGGGAGUGCGAUGAGGGCUCCCGAGGAAUCUACUUCAUUUAUUCGCUGGCACUGAUCACAUGGCGAGACAACUUGUUUCGGCCACUCAACAAACAGGUAACCAAUGCAGUCCUCAAACUGAUUGAGCGGGAAAGAAACGGAGAGCCUAUCAACACGCGCCUGGUCAGUGGAGUCAUUAGCUGCUAUGUGGAGCUUGGCCUGAAUGAAGAUGACCCCAGUGCUAAAGGGCCGACGCUGUCUGUGUACAAGGAGCACUUUGAAAAUCUGUUCCUGGAGGACACGGAGAGGUUUUACGCCACAGAGAGUAGCGAGUUCCUGCGACACAACCCCGUGACAGAGUACAUGAAAAAGGCAGAACAACGUUUGAAGGAGGAACAGAAGCGUGUCCAAACAUACCUUCAUGAGAGCACUUUUGAUGUCUUAGCGAGGGUGUGUGAAAAAGUGCUAAUACAGAAACAUUUGGAGAAUUUCCACUGUGAAUUCCAGAACCUUCUCAACUCUGACAAAAAUGAAGACUUGGGCCGCAUGUACCAGUUGGUGGCUCGCAUUCAAGACGCCCUUCACGAGCUCAAGUCCCUCCUGGAGAAACACAUCCUGAACCAGGGUCUGUCCGCCCUUGAGAAGUGCGGGGAGACUGCCCUCAAUGAUCCAAAAGUGUAUGUACAGACAAUAUUAGAUGUGCACAAGAAGUAUCAUGCUUUAGUCUUGACAGCUUUCGACAAUGAUGCUGGCUUUGUUGCUGCACUUGACAAGGCUUGUGGCCAGUUCAUCAACCAAAACUUUGUAACAAAACAGGCCAAGACAUCGAGCAAAUCUCCAGAGUUGUUGGCCAGAUACUGUGAUUUGUUACUAAAAAAGAGUUCUAAAAACCCAGAGGAAGCAGAACUAGAAGACACUUUGAAUCAAGUGAUGGUUGUUUUCAAGUAUAUUGAGGACAAAGAUGUUUUCCAGAAAUUUUACAGUAAAAUGUUGGCCAAGCGUCUUGUGGGCUAUAUGUCUGCUUCAGAUGAUGCUGAAGCUAGCAUGAUCUCAAAAUUAAAGUCCGCCUGUGGCUUUGAGUACACAUCCAAGCUGCAGAGAAUGUUCCAAGACAUCGGUGUCAGCAAAGAUCUCAAUGAAAACUUCCGCAAACACCUUGAGACCUCAAGGGAGCCAUUAGAUAUUGACUUCAGUAUCCAGGUACUCAGCUCAGGGUCGUGGCCUUUCCAGCAAUCCUGUCCUUUCACUCUUCCAGUGGAGCUGGAGAGAAGUUACCAAAGGUUCACAGCAUUCUAUGGCAGUCGACACAGUGGGCGCAAGCUGAAUUGGUUGUAUCAGAUGUCCAAGGGAGAAGUGGUCACCAACUGCUUCAAAAACAAAUACACUUUGCAGGCAUCGACAUUUCAAAUGGCAGUCCUCCUGCAGUACAACUCUGAGGACAGCUACAGUGUCCAACAGCUGCAGGACAACACCCUCAUCAAAAUGGACAUCCUCCAACAAGUCUUACAGAUUUUACUCAAGUCGAAACUGCUGGUUGCGGAGGACGGAGUCAGUGAAGCUGACAUUGUACCAGGAACGCAAAUCUCUCUAUUCCGCAACUAUAAAAACAAAAAACUGCGUGUGAACAUUAAUGUGCCAAUGAAGACAGAGGUCAAAGCAGAGCAAGAAUCCACCCACAAAAACAUUGAAGAGGACAGGAAGCUUUUGAUACAGGCAGCAGUUGUGAGAAUUAUGAAGAUGCGCAAGACUUUGAAACACCAGCAGCUGUUGAUAGAAGUGCUCCACCAACUUUCUUCUCGUUUCAAGCCCAGAGUACCUGUUAUAAAGAAAUGCAUCGAUAUCUUGAUAGAGAAGGAGUACCUGGCUCGAGUAGAUGGACAGAAGGACACGUACAGCUAUCUGGCCUGAGCUGCCCACCCCCCUCUCUCUCUCUCUCAGCGUGAUGGGGAUCCUUUCUUUUUGUGCCUGUUCUCUGACUCCAGCCACCUCUCAUUGCCAUUGCCUGCAGUACCACCGAUAGUGCACCGCCCGCUUCUGCCCCAGUGUUCACAGUGUUGUUCCGCAGUGCUCUCCACACGCACGCACGCACGCGCGCGCACACACACACGGCACUCUGAACCCUAGGAAACGACCUCGGACCUUUCUCGUAAGCUCAAUCUGUGACAAGACUGUGCGCCGCCUCCGCAGCCGCCUUGAGUUGUUGUAUUAUCACACACUGCACUCGUUGUGGCUCUGUAGUAAUAUUCUGAUGAUGUGUUUGUUGACGCGUUGGCUUAGAGUGAGAGAGUGCUUGCUUGUGUUUGAAUGUUGUCAGGGUGUGAGAUCUUGUAAAUAUAAAAAAAAAAAGAUUUACUUGAGAGGUAAGUUUUUACGAAAUUGUUCAUUGUUUCCUCCUUUGUUGGUUGAUAUGUGUAAUUAUGAAAAAAUAUUUAUACAUUAUUAUUUGCCCACUAGCUGCAAUCAACAUUGAAUCCAUUUUAUUUUUUUUCUUGGUUCAAUGACAGGUUUGCUGUGUGCAAAGUGGUUCACCUUAUAUUUAUAUUACCUUGCCAUUGAAAGUUAUUUGAACCUCUAUGCAUAAGACUGGUGACCUGUUCUCUGUACACCAUGAUGCUCUGAGUUUGGAUUUUAUAUGCUGUCAGCAUCCUUAAAAGGGUAAAAGUGGUGGGUAGUUGUCAGAGUGAGCUGUGGUGUGGUCUUGCUCCCCUCUUUUCUUUGACAGUGAUGCAAGUUUUCUAAAGCUAAGCUGUUUCUUGGGCUCACAUAACUGAUGUAAGUGAAAAAGAAAUACUUCCUCAGAGCAUCUUGGUGAUUUGCAAGAAGGGCAAGUGUGCUUAAUAAUGACCGAUGCUGCCUAGUAAAUACAAGAGUCCGCUUAAACUGGUACGUCAUGACUAUAAUAUGAGCCCCAUACAGAUAAGUUGCGUUCUCCCCCCCCCCCCCAAGUGAAGAAAACAUUCUAGGAGGAAGAUGUUGUUUUUCUCCGCCUCCCCACCUUUAUCAUUAGUUGUUAUAUUUUCUGUGAUUUGUUUUUAGUCUCUUGUCUUUCUUUUUUUAUUGAGUGCUCACGGCUACGCAGAUGGGAAGGUUUAGAAUCAGUCUGGCAGUGUGAUGGAUUAGCUCUCUGAAUGUCAUUAUAAAUCAUUUUGCCUUGGGAGAUUUUUUUAUACUUACUUUCUGAACUCACUGCCUGUUCACAAAACAUCUCAUUGCCUCCCACCCCCGUACCCACAAUUAUUUCAAUGUAUAUUUUUAACAAUCAACGUGACCAGACAUAGAUCAUGAAUAUAGCUAAGAUAAUAACUCGCUUUUAAAAAGCAACAACUGAAUUCUGGAACCAAAGGCACUGUGCUGUGGCAAAGGUAGGCAGUUGAGACAGAACUUUAAAUAGCAGCAUAUUCGGCAUGGGUGGGCAGUGAGUUAACUGAAAUUAGUUCUUUUUCUAGCAGCAUGUAUGGCAUGGGUAGGCAGUGAGUUGACCGAAGUUAAUUCUUUUUCCGGCACAACUUUUAAUUUGGAUGCUGUGACCAAAAUGGUGUGUGACGGAAAAAGUAGUUCUGUACUCCUCUUUAAGUUUUACUUAAGCUUUAACUGUGACGGAUCUUGCCUAUGUAGGAUCACCACAGCGGGUGCACUCUGUCUUCAUUUUCAUUGGUUUGGAAUACAGUUGAGGGCCAUUAUCAUUUUUCAUCAUCCCGUGUACUUUGGUUCUAUGUUCAACGUCGUUCUAGCCGCCUUUAUUUACAUUCCAGCUCCUACAGCUGUUAAAGGUCUUCCUUGUGCGUAAUGCUAUGGUCUUGGGGGGGGGGGAGGACAGUCGAACCUUGAACCUGUCCAUAACGGUCACCCAAGAUCACAGAAAAGCAAUUAAUGUUAUAGACAGUUGGCUGCUAUGGACAGGGUCCAAGUUAUGGUCUCUUACUAGUCAGCAGUAGGUUUAGAAUCUGAAAUCUUACGUUUCAUCUUUGAAAUUCAUUUCCAUCAAGAUUAUUAUCAAGAGCUCUCAUAAGAGCUGCUUCUUUGCAUUAAUUCAACGUCAUAACUCGGUCUGAAGGCUGUUCUGCAGAACUCUUUUGAAGCAAGUGACCCCUCUGAGCAAGUUUUGAGGCUGACUUGUCACGAAAGUGCCUGAACGAGGCUAUGUUAGACAUGAACGUGGUUGCGUAGGACGAGGACUGCUAUGGACAGUGUAAAAAUAUAGAAAAAACCGCUAGAAUGUCAGGGGAACAGUGGCUGUAAGUUCAAGUGACCGCUAUGACUUUUAAGACAGGUUCAACUGUAGUUGUAAAACUGCUCAGUGUAGGAUUUGAGCACUAAGAAUUUUUUCCGUGGCUUGAUAACUGGUGGUGUGGUGGUUUGGUUCGUGGCCAUGCAUGCCAAAGAUAUGAGUCCCAAUAUCACCAGGGAAAUAAUUUUGUCCUUUGUUGCUGGGUGGGAUUCCACAAGGCUCUGACAGGUGUUACGUUUUUAAUUUAAUGGGGGGAGGGAAAGAGGGGCAACUAGCAGAUGGGACAGAUUUUUAUCAAUGAAAUCAAGUUUACUCCCCUAAAGUCAAAUUUGCUAAAUUAAUUUACAUGUGCUAGUUUUUGGGUGUGUUGUCAGCUUUAUUCGUCUUCAAAGUCUUGGCCAAUUCUUAUCCAAGGAAAGCAGGGUUCGCCCUGAUUGUGUUAUGAAAUCGACAGAUAUAAUAUAUAUUGGGGGGUAUUUCUCGACGGUUCACAAUAUACUGUCAGUACUAAAUGGCCAUUAUUGUGUGGAUGUGCUUUUCUGUACUCGAACAAACAGUAUACUGUUGUAUAGUGUUGAUGAGCUCGCUCUAUGGUAAGACUUGGUAUUGUACUGAAAUGUGUGGUUUAUAUUUCCAUGAGGCUGUCGAUGUUGAUUUAAGGACAAAUUUAUUUGAAUAUUAUUUUUUACCCCAAGUUUGUGAAUAUUACUUCCUGUUUUGAGGCAAUCUCAAAGACGACAUGUCU